AUGGAGCCGCCCAUGUCAACUCAAGAGCAGCAGCUCUGCCAGCUGUUGCUGGAGCUGCCUGCUCGCCACAAGUACCGCUAUGGCGAAGAAGCCGAGCGCGAUUUGCUGACCGGCCUGUUCUGGUGCAUGGCUGGCGGUAGGGACGAAUACAUGAAUCUCUUUUUUCCAACUGGGGGCCCACUGCACAAUGGCACUCUCAGGCUCCGUGAGGCCCAGGGCGCUGUGGAUGGCGCUGAGUACACCGAAGGGGCUCGAGGCAAGGCCUGCGGACAUAACUUCCACGCAGGCGAGCCAUGCUAUCUGUGCAAGACUUGUGCCGUCGACGACACCUGCGUCAUGUGCAGCAAGUGCUUCGAGGCCAGCGAUCACGCCGGCCACCACGUCCGUCUGCAGAUCUCGGGCGGCAACGGCGGCUGCUGUGACUGUGGUGAUCCAGAGGCUUGGAAGCGACAGUUCUUUUGUACUAUCCAUUCAUCCUGGGAAGCCGAAGACAAGGGCAAGGGCAAGCAGCCAUCACCGUUGCCCGAGGACCUAGUCAACAGCAUCCGGAUGACGAUCGCCCGCGUACUGGACUUCAUGUGCGACGUCAUCUCAUGCUCGCCCGAGCAGCUUCGCCAAUCCAAGACCUGCGAGUCCAUUCGUCAGGACGAGCGCAUGUCGAGGCUGUCAGAAACCUACUGCGGCGGCGACACGGAGGAUCCUGGCGAGUAUUGCGUGCUGCUCUGGAACGACGAGAAACACACCAUCUACGAUGUCCAGCACCAGGUUGCUCGCGCCUGCAGGACGAGCCUAUCUACCGGGCUCAAGAAGGCCAUGGAGACCGAUCUGGUCGGCCGCACCAUUCUCGAAUACAACAGCGACCUUACCAAGCUCAUCGACAUCGCCACUGUGAUUGAGCAGAUUCGCGUGACCGUCACCAUUCGGUCAUCGCGCGACACCUUUCGUGAGUACAUGGUCAACAGCCUGGUUGAGUGGCUGAAGGACAUCAGCCUGUGCAGCGUCGGAGAGGAUCUUCACAUCUUGCGGCAGACUGUGUGCGAAGAGCUCCUGAAGCCCUGGCGCAGGGGCAGCCCUGGCACGCACUCGAACGUUGGUCAGGAUGGCAUCGACGACGAGGACAGAAUCGAGCGUGAGCUUGAAGAGCAGAAUAGUGAGUUCAUUCGUCAGCAGCAGCGCAUCCUUCUGCAGGCCCGCCAAGCGGCCCAAGCAGCUCGCGCGCGUGAGCAAGCAGGCCAAGGUGGCCAGAACAACGGUAGCGACGAUGACGAGGAUGAAGAUGAAGAGGAGGAGGAGGAAGAGGAGGAGGAGGAUAUGGGCGACGUCGACAUGGACGAAGAUGGGGAUGAAAUGUUUGACGACGACGACAUCCUCAUGCUGGAAAACCGUCCCGAGGGCGGCGACGAAGGAGAAGCUGGCGGCGAAGAUGGCGGCGAGGAUGUGCACAUGCAAGAUUGGCGCCAGGAUCAGGCCUCAGGGGCACAAGAAGAUGAGCGUCUGACUGCCGGGGCCCCAACGAACCUGCCACCCCCUCCAGGUUCGGCAGCGGCAGCUCUGCGGCGGGCCGCCCGCGAGAGGGAACUUACGCCGUCCGACUCGGAUACGGCCGAGCCGCUGAUCGCCCCGAGCGUCUUCCCCAAGACGAACUUGGAGAUCCCCAAAACACCACAUCCGAAGGGCGAGCCGCUCCCUCCGCCGCCCAAGCCCGGUCACUACUGGGUCCUUCCCCCAAGUGGUUAUGUCGAGCAGGACCAUGUCCCAGUGGCAGAGAAUAUGUUCGAGCGGUUGCGCCUGGACUGGCUGUUGCUGUUCGACCCACGCAUGUGGAAGCAGCUGCGUAACAACCUGAAGUCGCUCUACAUCCAGACCCUUCUGACCAUUCCCGAGUACAAGCGCAUCCUUGGCCUGCGCUUUGCUGGUCUGUACACUACGCUGUCGCAGCUGUAUCUUGUUGGCGACCGCGAACCAGACCACUCGGUCAUCCACCUGUCGCUACAGCUGAUGACGACACCGUCCAUCACGGCCCAAAUUGUUGAGCGUGCCAACUUCCUGACAACUCUGAUGGCCAUUCUGUACACGUUCCUGACCACACGCCAAGUUGGUCACCCAUGGGAGGUCGACUCGAACGCCGUCAUCGCCUUCGACUCGGGUGUCCAUACUAACAGGAGGGUGUACUAUAUAUUUACCGACAUUAAGUAUCUGGUGGCAUCUGCUGAUGUCCAGGAGCGUCUGCGCACGGAAGAGCGUUACAUGCUGCAGUUCCUAGACCUCGUCAAGCUGCACCAGGGCGUGUGCCCCAAUGUUCGCGCCGUCGAGGAACAUGUGGAAUACGAGGCAGAUAACUGGAUUAGUGCGUCGCUCAUCAUGCAGCGCACCAACCGCAUGUGCAAGAUGUUUGCCCAGGCCUUCCAGAAUGUUAAGGACCAUGGGUUCGAGGCCGUGUCGAACGCGAUCCGUCUGACGGCCAAAUCGGUUAUUAUCAACUCCAUUGGUGCUGAGCGCACCCGGUUCAGUCAAUGUGAGAUCAAGGAUGAGGUGCGGUUCAAGAUCCUGGAUGACUUCGAGUUCGAGCCAGCUGGGCGUGCAUUCAAGGUUGUCAAGUUCGUCGUUGAGGAGGAGCCAAUGAGCUUCCAUCACCCGCUGCACCAUUUCCUGUCGUGGCUCAUCGAGUACGGCAAGACGAUGCCGCUCCAACAGCUCAGGAGCCUUCUGAGUUUCACGACCGAGGACCUCGUCGCCAAGCCGCGCUCUAUGGGUAAGAAGGUCAUGCCGCGGCAUGCGGAUUACACUCCCGAGGACUACCUGAUGGCCGCGUUCGACUUCCCCUUGCGCGUGUGCGUCUGGUUGGCCCAGAUGAAGGCUGGUAUGUGGGUGCGCAAUGGCAUGAGUUUGCGACACCAGGCCGGUACCUACCGUGGUGUCACUCAGCGUGAUGUGACCUACCAUCGGGACAUCUUCCUGCUGCAGACCGCGCUGGUGGUGUGCGAUCCGAGUCGUGUGCUCGCUUCUAUGGUCGACCGCUUCGGCAUGGAGAAAUGGUGCAAGGGCAUCUUUGAGCAGAAGGUCAAGGCUCAGGACGACAGCCAGCACCUGGAUGUGGUUGAGGACAUGAUUCACCUGCUUAUUGUGCUGCUGAGCGACAGGACCAUGCUCAUCCCGAGCGACGAGGGCGAAACCUCGGAACGAGCAGCUAUUCGUCGCGACCUUGUGCACAUUCUGUGCUUUAAGCCGCUCACCUUCUCCGAGAUCUGCUCCAAGCUUCCUGAUAAGGUCAGCGAUCGUGAGGAUAUUGACAGUUUCUUGGACGAGAUGACAACGUUCAAGGCACCCGAGGGCUUGAAUGACGUGGGCUUGUUCGAGCUGAAGCCCGAGUUCUACGAGGAGAUCGACCCGUACAUCACGCAUUACAACAAGACGCACCGCGAGGAGGCCGAGAUGGCGUACCGCAAGGCCGUGGCCAAGAAGACGGGCAAGUCGGUUGAUGAUAUCAUCUACGAGCCCAAGCUGAAACCAAUUACAUCCGGCAUCUUCACACGAUUGGCCGAGUUCACGGGUACUGGUGUCUUCGCACAGGUCAUCUACUACUCGUUGCUCUACACUCUCAAGUACCAAGACUUCACGCCGAGCAUCCAGGCUACGCGUGUCGAGACCUUCCUUCAGAUGUUGCUGCACCUGAUCAUGUGCUCCAUCAUGGAGGACAAGACAACCGAGCAGGACGGUGAGGAGGUGCCUUCGUUCGUCGUCAACGCCCUUAUCAAGCAGGCGCGCAGCAACUUCAUGGCCGAGCACGCCAACAAGAAGUCCAUCGUGGCGCUCCUCGACCUUCUCCUGUCCAAGGAUGACUUUAAGGCCUGUCAUCAGAAGAUUAUCGUCAUCCUGCGCCGCAUGCACGAGAAGCGUCCUCGGCUCUUCGAGCAAGCCUACGAGCAUCUUGGCCUUUCCCUCGACCAUAUCACCGCCGAGCAGCGCGCAGCAUCUGCAGCUGAUGAGGAGCGUGAGCGCAAGAAGAAGGCGGCCCUCGAGCGUCAGAAGCGUGUCAUGGCACAGUUCCAGGCACAGCAGAAGUCCUUCAUGGAAAAGCAGGGCGAUAUCGACUGGGGUGAGUUUGACGAUCUCGACGAGGACGAGGAACUGCCUCCUGUUGAAGAGCACAAGAAGUGGUGGAAGUAUCCCGCCGGCACGUGCAUCUUGUGCCAGGAGGAGACAGAUGACCGUAGGCUGUACGGCACGUUUGCGUUCUUCACGGAGAGCUGUAUCUUGCGCCAGACGGACUUCCAGGAUCCGGCUUUUGUUAGGGAGGUUAUCAAGACGCCGGAAAACCUAGAUCGCUCGGCAGACUCCAUUCGGCCGUUUGGCAUUGCUAGUGAGAAUGUUCAGAAGGUGCAGAAGAUUAACCAGGACGGCGAGACCUUUGAGGUCGAGAGGCAAGGCAUUGCUAGGGGCUUCCCUGCGAAAUUGUCGCGCCCUGGUCCCGUUGCUGUUGGGUGCGGUCACAUCAUGCACUACGGCUGCUUCGAGGCUUACUAUGAGUCUACCCUGCGCCGGCACACCCAGCAGAUUGCGCGGCAUCACCCCGAGGAUAUCACGCGUCUCGAGUUUGUCUGCCCGCUCUGCAAGGCUCUCAACAAUGCCUUCUUGCCUAUCGUUUGGAAGGGUAAGGAAGAGGCGUACCCAGGCCCGUUGGUACCGACCUCGUCGUUUACCGACUUCUUGGACCAUCAGCUCCGGUCCGCGUACUACACAUUGGGAGCCAAUAGACCGGCGGAUGGAGCACAGGAGAUGUUCCGGUCGUACACAACGAGCCAGAUGAUGACCAGCAUUGCGGAGAAGGUUGACCAACUGGAGAAGGACGCUUGGGAAUCGCAAAUUAGCGUAUCGGGGCCGGCUGCCACAAACCCUCUAGUACAGCUGCUUGGGCUUACGAUGCAGGUGUCUGAACCCCAGGGUGCUGGAGGCGGUGGCGCUGGUGUGGGUUCUCAAGGGGGUUCCAACCAGCAGUCCAAUAAGACCCCGAUCCGCGAGCUGGUCCGCGUCUAUCGUCGUUUACGGGACACAUUGAGGCGGAAUGGUCUUAAGUCGAAGUACAACUGGGACGACGACUCGGCGAACGAGCUUUAUGGGAGCGACGUGCUCGCGCGUGCCGUCGGCUUCUCCAUCUCGGCUGUUGAAAUCCAGCAACGCGGCGUCGAGGCCGAGUAUGGGUCGACAUUCCUCGAGCGCAUUCCGACCCAGGUGCUCACGCAGCUGCGUAUUCUGGCCGAGACGGUUACUUCAUUCAUUGCUGUCGGUGGCCAGCGCGAUCAGGGCGACAACCGUAUUGAUACCGAGUACCAUCGUGACAGCGAGCGCCAGCACUGCCAGAUGUUCAUGACACAGUACCUCGACGAGGAAACCGAGACUACCUACAACCCGGCCAAGACAUACCCGCCGCUACUGAGCCUCGACCCGUUCGUCUACCUGUGCGAGUGCGUCUUCGGCGUCGUCCCGGCCCAAGAUUUUGAGAUCGCGCACAUGGUCCGUCUCUGUUACCUCGCCGAGAUUGUCAAAGUGGUAUAUCACCUCGCCCGCAACACACCAGCUAUGACAUGGAUUAAGCAGCUCAUGCAUCGCGAUAAUAUCGCCGACCCGGCUGUUGCACGUUUUGCCCAGUUCUGUGAUGACCUCUUCCACAUGGACAUCCACUCGGCUAUGCACUACGCCGGAGGGGACGAAUCAACCCGCCCGGGCGCCACUGAAAACCGGGCCUUCGAUCAGCCGGGCUUGGACAGCUGGGAGGGCUGGUACAAGUUCCUUCGCAAGUACGCGCUCGUCUUCUUACGCAAGUGUGUCGUGCUUCUGCAUGUCAAGUUCGGCGUUGAUUUCAACUCUCGCGUGUCUCCUCGCCCUGAGUUGCCCGAGCUGGAGCGGUUGACUGAGAUGUUGCGGUUGCCGUCGCUCGAGGAUAUGCUCACCGCCCUGAACCCAGAGAUGUGCCAACAAUUCGGCUGGCCGGCCGAUACCAGACGCCUAGUCGAGGGCUGGAUGAACCACCAAGCACUGUGGCCGUACAACGGGAGUGAGGAGCAAUUGCCAACGUCCGCGGUCGUCAGUCACCCAGCUAUCUUUGAGCUGUUGGGCCUGCCGAAACACUUUGAUUCUCUCAUUCAGGAGGCAUCGAAGCGGAGAUGUCCGACAACGGGCGGCGGCAUUGCCGAUCCCAUGAUCUGUCUGUUCUGUGGCGAAAUCUUUUGCGGGCAGACCGUCUGCUGCAUCAAGGAGUUCCCCCAGACGAGGCACAGUAGCCGCAUGUUGGGGGGUGCGCAGCAACAUAUGAUGAAGUGUCAAAAGAACAUCGGCAUGUACAUCAACGUGCGCCGCUGCGCCGUCCUCUACCUCUCGCGCCUGUCCGGCUCCUGGGCGAACACCCCUUACCUCGACCGUUACGGCGAAUCUGACAUGGGCCUGCGCAGCGGCAGGCAGCUCAUGCUGAGCCAAAAGCGCUACGAUGCCGGCCUGCGCGCCAUCUGGCUCAGCCACGGCGUGCCCAACCUCGUAGCGCGCAAGCUCGAGGCGGAUAUUAAUAAUGGCGGGUGGGAUACUUUUCUGGAUGAUGACUUUGAAGAGGACUUUGACUCGGAUGUUGAUGAAGAUGAUGUAAUCUUGAUUGAGGAGGAUGAGUAA